CUUUAACAGCAAAGAAAAUGUAAGUGAUUAUCUGAGCCGCCGCCAGAGGGCAGACUAUCCCGAGACAAAACAGGAAGUUGAAGAGGAUAUACAUUUUUACUUCGCCAAGGAAGAAGCCGAACGAAAACAAUCACAAACCGACCCGCCAGUCGGUUCUUUCUCCUGCACGUGUUGGAUUCAGUAUUAUCUCUUCUUUUUGACCAAAAGGACACCAUGCCUGUUAUUUGUGCGGCAAUAGGGUGCAACAAUAAGUUUGUCAAAGGGUCGGAAAUCAGAUUCUACAGGUUCCCACUCAGCAAACCUCAGCUUGCCAGCAAAUGGGUACAAAGCCUGGGGAUGAAAAACUUCAUCCCAACUGCCAACACCUGCCUCUGCUCAGAGCAUUUCAGGACCGACUGCUUCAGGGACUACAACGGCAAACAGUUUCUGAGGGAGGAUGCCGUGCCCACCAUAUUCACCCAGGGGCAGGAUUCAUCAAAGAUUGAACUGCGUAAAAGAGGGGUGGCACCAAAGGAGACAAAUGUUGCAAAUCAAAUGGGAACACAAGCAGAAAGAGACCGAGCGAAAGAGGGCGCCAGUCUACGCAGAGAAAAAAGAGGAGGAAUGAGGGUCACAAAGAAGAUACGGCUUACUACAGAAGAGGACUUGGAUAUGGAACUAGCCUCAUCAGAGAGCAACAGUGAGGACAGUGAAUAUGAUUCGGAAAGAGAAGAAAUGUUUUCUAAUAGCCACGACGACCCUUUAGAUCUAUCAAAUGAAGAUAGUGAUUCGGAUUGGGAGCCCGGCACUAAACCAGGCAAGCACCCAACCCCCUCCCCUACUAAACCUAGGAGGCAGAAGCAGCAACGCUCCUCUUCUGCAGCCAGUAGCCCCGCCUCCAGUGACUUGGAUAUGGAACUAACCUCAUCAGAGACUGACAGUGAGGACAGUGAAUAUGAUUCGGAAACGGAAGAAAUGUUUGCCAAUGGCCAUGACAACAUUUUAGAUCGCUCAAAUGAAGAUAGUGGUUCGGAUUGGGAGCCUGACACUCAACCGGACAAGCACCCAGCUCCUUCCCCCGCUGACCCUCUAACUACCCCCAGUGGAUUGGUGGAUUCUACUUCCAGCACACCCACCGCUGGACGUUCACGUUCCCAUGCUGCCAGAGGUGCUCGGGGUAGAGGUAGAAGAGGAAGGACACCUAGAGCAUCCGGUUCACGUCCUGCCCCCCACACAGCGGACCAGCAGUGGCAUACUGUGGAUGACCCGGAUGUUUUGCCUGAUCCACUGGUCUUCAUGCCAGUAAGACCACCUGGACCGCAGCAGGGCACCAGGGUUGCUUGCAGUCCACUGCAAUUCUUUAAACUUUUUUUUACAGAGGCUGCGCUCAAGACUUUGUUGGCAAACACCAAUGCAAAUGGUGCCAAGCAACAAGAAGGGAAAAAAGGAGCAUGGCGCGACAUCACCAUCAAUGACAUGUUCUCCUUCCUUGCUAUGGUGAUUUACAUGGGCUUGUUAAGGUGCUCUGCGCUGGUGGACUACUGGAGAGGAUCCCGACUCUACUCUCUCCCAUUCCCCUCCUCUGUCAUUUCACGGAACAAAUUCUUCACCAUCUGCCGUGCUCUGCACUUGAGUGACCUCAAAGCUGAUGAGGAGAAUAAUGCCAAGAAGGGGACACCAGGACACGACCGUCUUGGCAAGAUAAAGCCCCUGUACGAGGACAUUGUCAAAGCAUGCAAGUCACACUUCCAACCCAGUCAGCACAUUUCAAUUGAUGAACGAACGAUAGCAUCAAAGGCGAGGCUAUCUCUCAAGCAGCAUGUUCGGAACAAGCAGGGGUACAAGCUGUUUGUACUGGCUGAUUCUAAUUGCGGCUACACAUGGAACGUUUUUGUGCGUCAGGGCAAGUCAUCUGGCUCUGGGAAGGGACCGGGGUAUGAGUCGGUGAUGUCCCUCAUGGACUUCACAUGUCUGGGCACAGGUUAUCAUCUCUAUGUCGAUAACUUCUACACCAGUUCUCAACUUUUCAAGGACCUGUUGAAAAAGGGGAUUGGGGCAUGUGGCACUAUUCAUGCAAACAGAGUUGGGUUUCCUCACAAUUUCCCCAGGGGUACUCCUCGGGGCACCAUACAGUGGAUUAGGAACGGCAAAGUGCUUUUUGUGAAGUGGAUGGACACCCAAGAGGUCAUCGUGUGUUCCACCAUCCACAAGGCCUUCAACGGUGAUGCGGUCAGGAGGAGAGUGAAGACAGCUGGGAAGUGGGUGCAGACUGAUGUCCCUAUUCCAGUUGCUGUCAAAGACUAUAACCAGCACAUGGGGGAGGUUUACCGGUCCGAUGCUCUCACUGGGUAUUACAAUGUCAUCCACAAGACCAAGAAGUGGUACCGGACAUUUUUCUUCCACUUUGUGGACAUUGCUGUGGUGAACGCCCACAUUCUUUAUCAACAAUGCUACAGGGAUCCUGCUAUGACACAAAAGGAAUUCCGGCAGGCCCUUGUUGAGGAGCUUGCAGACCUAGGCUCUGAGUCACAGUCUCUAGCUUCUAAGAAGAAAUUCCCUUUCCCUUCCGACCAAACAGCUUCGCACAAACUACGCUACUUUGCAGAGGGACUCGAUGUGCCUAGACGGGCUGCAACCACCACAGGCAGAAGGAACUGUGUGCUCUGCCAUCGGAAAACACCAGUUGGCUGUGUGUCAUGUAAUGUGCCCUUGUGCUUCGUAGUACAGAGGGACUGUUUCAAUAUCUGGCACAGACAGAAUGGACUGUAGACAAUGGCCCCUGAUCAGAACAUUAGGACUGCCUUGGAUCAUUUACUUUAGUCUGUAAGUUUU